AUGGAAGAAUUUCGAGGAUUGCAAGAUCAAAUUUAUAUUCAAGUAAAGGGUCAAAGUGUUGCAUUUGGCACUUCACUUUUUGCUUUAUAUCGAAAGAAACGUGGCCUAGGAUAUCCAGGACAAUGCCGAUGUGAUGCCGCAACAACAUGUCCUCCUGGUGAACCUGGUCCACCGGGUGAACCAGGAAUGGAUGGUAUUGCUGGAGAACCUGGACCACCGGGAUUACCAGGAUUACCUGGCAAUUAUCCGGCCGUAAAUGUGGAUAUCACAGCUAACUGCCGUAUUUGUCCACGUGGUCCACAGGGUUACCCAGGUCAACCAGGUCUACCUGGGGAAAUUGGAGAAAAUGGUCCACCAGGGCCACCUGGAUACCGAGGUGAACCAGGAUUUGAAGGACCACCUGGUAAUCCCGGACCAGCAGGUGAACCUGGUGCUAAUGGCAAAAAUGGUGCACCAGGACCACCAGGACAAAGUGGAACACGAGGUACCAAAGGAGAACCAGGACCACCGGGGCCCAGAGGACCACCUGGACCAAAAGGAUUUCCAGGUCCGGAUGGGAAUGAUGGAAAUCAAGGCUUUAUUGGAUCACUGGGACCAGCUGGACCACCAGGUGAACCAGGACCAAAUGGUCCACCAGGUUUCAGUGGUCCAAUUGGUCCACCAGGAGAACCAGGACUUGAUGGAUCCUAUUGUUCAUGCCCACCACGACGUACUACUUCAGCGUGA